GAGCCCGUGGCGGGCGGGAUCGCGGGCUGGAGCCGCUGAGACAAAUAGCACAUGCACGCAGAACCACCACCACUAGCACCAGAAGAAACGCCUCAGGGAAGUGGCGUGGCGAGAUCUGUCAGGGCGGAAAGGCUCUGAAGAGGCAGCGCUGAAGAGUUGGAGGAUGUUUACAGUUAUCCUUUGUUUCUGGGGACAGAGGACCAGUACACCGAGGAUGCGAGAAGUCAAGAGGCAGCUGCCACUGCAAUAUAGUGCGUGACCGUGUCCACGACAGCAAGCAUCAGGGGAGCAGCCAGAAGCAUUGACAGGACACUUCAGUCCCCUAAAUGACUGAGAAUGGUCUCCAACUGCCAAAGAAGAUUGUGGGUGCCAAGAGAAAGGUAACCGUUUCUUAUCACCACGAGUGGAAUUGGUCACCUCUGGGAGCCCACAUUGGCUGGCAGUAGACAUGGCUGAGUUUACAAGCUACAAAGACACUGCUUCCAGCCGCCACCUGCGGUUCAAGUUACAGAGUCUAAGCCGCCGCCUUGAUGAGUUGGAGGAAGCCACAAAAAACCUCCAGAAAGCAGAGGAUGAGCUCCUGGACCUCCAGGACAAGGUGAUUCAGGCAGAAGGCAGCAACUCCAGCAUGUUAGCCGAGAUUGAAGUGCUGCGCCAGCGAGUGCUGAGAAUCGAAGGCAAAGAUGAGGAAAUUAAGAAAGCAGAGGACCUUUGUCAGCUGAUGAAGGAGAAGCUUGAAGAGGAGGAAAACCUCACCCGGGAGCUGAAAUCUGAGAUUGAGCGGCUCCAGAAACGGAUGGCAGAACUGGAGAAGUUAGAGGAGGCCUUUAGCAGGAGUAAGAAUGACUGUACCCAGCUCUGUCUGAGCCUGAACGAGGAGAGAAACCUGACGAAGAAAAUCUCCUCUGAGCUGGAAAUGCUCCGGAUCAAAGUGAAAGAACUGGAAUCUUCCGAGGACCGGCUGGAUAAAACUGAGCAGAGUUUAGUGUCAGAGUUAGAAAAGCUGAAAUCACUAACUCUGAGCUUUGUAAGUGAGAGAAAGUACUUGAAUGAAAAGGAGAAAGAAAACGAGAAACUGAUAAAAGAGCUUACUCAAAAAUUGGAGCAGAACAAAAAAAUGAACCGCGAUUACACCAGGAAUGCUUCUAAUCUUCUGGAAAGGAAUGACCUGCGGAUUGAGGAUGGUAUCUCUUCCCCACUGCCAUCCAAAGAAGCAAGAAGGAAGGGCGCUCUGGACUAUCUAAAGCAGGCAGAGAAUGAAGCCAGAAACAAGUCAGAAAACGAAAAGAACCGCAAUCAGGAAGACAACAAAGUAAAAGACCUCAACCAAGAGAUUGAGAAACUCAAGACGCAGAUCAAACAUUUUGAAUCCUUGGAGGAAGAGCUUAAGAAAAUGAGGGCCAAAAACAAUGAUCUUCAGGAUAAUUACCUAAGUGAACAAAAUAAAAACAAACUCUUAGCCAGCCAGUUGGAGGAGAUAAAGCUACAAAUCAAGAAACAGAAAGAAUUAGAGAAUGGGGAGGUGGAAGGGGAAGACGCUUUCCUGUCCAGCAGAGGCAGGCACGAGAGGACUAAGCUUAGAGGCCAUGGGAAUGAGGCAUCCGUGAAGCACACGGCCCGGGAACUGUCCCCCCAGCAUAAGCGGGAAAGGCACCGGAACAGGGAACUGGCCCUCAGCAAUGAAAACCCUCUGAACAACAGGCAGGUCUCCUCUCCCAGCUUUACCAACAGGAGGGCGGCCAAAGCUUCCCAUGCAGGGGCAGGUGCUGACAGUGGGGCUCAGGAGGCAAGGAGAACCGAAGACCGGUUCACAGCUGGAUUCUCGCAGAGCGAAGGGAAGAAGUCCCGGGAGCAGCCGCCGGUGCUCAGCCGCUACCCGCCCGCCGCCCAGGAGCACAGUAAGGUCUGGAAGGGCGCUCCCAGGCCAGGCACCGAGAGUGCGCUGAAGGGAAGAGUAGAGAAGGCGACGCGAACGUUUAGUGACAGCACCCAUGGAUCUGUUUCCAAUGACGUGUUGGGGAGAGGCGACAAGGCUUCUGACACCUCUGCUGAGGCCCCCUUUGGCAAGAGGGGGCAGGUGCCUGGCAGUGGAAGUCAAAUCACUCAGGCUGCAGAUGCUGGCAGUUCUAAAGCCACUGGAGCCCUGGCCACAUCUCGACGCUCUUCCUCAGAAGGGCUCUCUAAGGGGAAAAAGGCUGCCGGUGGCCCGGAGCCUGACAUCAGGUUCCCCGGCUCCAAGACUCCAUCUCUAUCCAAGUAUCCUUAUAGCUCCAGGAGCCAAGAGAACAUCCUUCAGGGAUUUUCAGCCCCAAGUAAAGAAGGAGUUGAACAGCCUGUGGCAGUUGUGAUGGAAGACAGUAGUCAGCACGAGGCCCUGAGGUGUCGAGUCACCGAGUCCAGUGGCAGGGAGAAGCUGGACUCGGACGACGACAUGGACGUGGUGUCUCUUGUCACUGCCAAACUGGUGAACACGACCGUCACUCCAGAGCCAGAGCCCCCGCAGCAGCCCCAGUCGAGAGAAAAGGCCAAAUCCCGAGGAGCGGUUAGAGCCUCCCUGUUUGAGAACGAUAAGGAUGAAGGAACAGAAAAUGAAUCUGGGAAAGCCGUCAGAGUCUCCGCCAAUGCCACGGAGCUCCCAGAGGCCAACGGCCCCGGGGCAAAAAGCCAGCGGCCCUUCAGCCCCAGAGAGGCCUUGCGGUCUAGAGCCAUCAUCAAGCCUGUCAUCAUUGAUAAGGAUGUGAAAAAAAUCAUGGGAGGAUCUGGGACCGAGGCCGCAUUGGAAAAACAGAAAUCUGCUUCCAAACCGGGGCCAAACAAAGUGACCAGCAGCAUAACUAUCUACCCCUCGGACAGUGGCAGCCCGCGAGCCGCUCCGGGCGAGGCCGCGCGGGAGAGGCACACGUCCACCAGCAACAUCCAGGUCGGGCUGCCAGAGCUCGCCUCGGUGAGCAACCACGUCAGCUCCCCCUUUGAGCUCUCCAUUCACAAACAUGACAUCACCCUGCAGCUCAGCGAAGCGGAGAGAACAGGAGAUGGGUCCCUGAAGAACAGGCCGGAAACUGUGGUCUCUCGGAGCAGCAUUGUAAUUAAGCCGUCGGACCCGGUGGAGAGGAACAGCCAUGCACCCCCAGCGGGGACAAUCAGGUGGAAAAGCCAUAGUGCGCCUUUAGGAGCGGGCUCUUCAGACGCCAGACACGUCACUGUGCGCAACGCCUGCAAGAGCAGGCGCGACUUGAACUCUGCAGAAGACUCCCCAGGUCGUGUAGGUAGACACGUGGAGUCUCCCAACCCCCACGCCCAGAGAUCGUCCACAGACUGUCCAGACCCUGAACAGCCCGGCUCAUACUUUUCUGAGCAGGGCACUCGAAGGGGCGGAACCUCAGGGGAUGUCCCCGAGCUCGCCUCCAGAAGGACCCAGAGCAGCCUCACCGUGUCGGAGGUGUUCACGCGGCGGAGUCGGGCAGGGGACGCCGUCCCAGCCGAGGCCUGGAACCACUCGGCAGGCACGGAGGAAGGGGACGACUGCACCCUCAGCAUCUACAGACGACUGCACAACUCCCUCGAGCGGUCUGAACUGUCCAUGAUGCAGGGGCUGCCGGAGCCCGGGCGUGCGCGGGCUGAGCAGCGGCUGCGGCCCACCAGGCCCUGUGCCGAGGACAACUGAGCCAGCCGGGCGACGCCUGCCGUCUCCUCUGCCCCUGCUUCUCAGCUCAUCCACCUUCCCGCCCUGAGGAGGGGCCAGGCCAGCCCCCAGGCCUUGCCUGGGAGACUGUGGCAGAGAGCCCGGCUGUGGCCAGUUGCUUGCCAGUUGGCCAGAGGGGAUCAGAAACUACAAGCUGUGUGUGCUCACCCGGGCUCCGCCUUCACUGAUGCAUGAGUUUUCUCUCCUUAUCCCCGUCCCCCAGGUAGGAUGGGCCAGUCAGGCCCCCAAAUGAGGAAAGACCUAGAAAAUAUCUUGGAUCCCCACCACACAACAGCAGCCAAAUCUCUUCUGAGCUCCUCUGUGGGUUCUGUGUUGUAGGGCAACCCCUUCUGUGUGGUUAAGAUUCUGAUUCCUUAGUAUCCUCACCGUAUCCAACUCACUCGUUUGCCCAAGGGGCCUGCGCACCCACCAGCCAUCAGCUCCAUCUGCGGGGCCUCCGUUUCUUCCCCUGUGGAGUUCCUUAGACUUCUACAGCGAGAGAGAUCUGUGUAGCCUCUAAGGGUUUACGGAACUACCCUUUAGGUUGAUGUUUCUCUGACUUGUCCCCCUGGCUGACCGUUUUCCGGGGGCAGAGCACACGGGUACCCUACCUGCUGAAAUGGCAUCAUCCCUCGUCACCAACCCCGGCUCUCUGCUCACCUUCCAAAGGCAAAUGGGAGCACACGAGCCUCAUGCGCCUCCUUCCCUGGGCACCCACCGUGCUGCUGGCCCGGCCUGCUCCUCUCCUGAGGCUGGAGACCUCAGGCUGACUGCAUCAUCUCCUCCUCUGGAAUAUUCCCAGACUCCACUGGGCCAGACCCAGCAUCCUCUGCCUUCUAGGAAGUGCCAGCGUCGGGGAGAGUGGACAGGAAGAAGCAAUUUCCCUUUAGUCACUCCAUAAAGCAAUAGCUCCAUGAGAAACGCGUGGACUCUGUUCCUCCUCCUGGUCCCCCGAGGAGGAGGUAUCGCACUUUACCAGGCUGAUGCAUCCUACCCGAAGCUGGCCCGUGAGCGCUGCAAGGCAGCGAUCGUUGUGACAACUUUGGAGGAUAGGUGAACAUGCCCAUCGAGAGCCCCAGGCUUAACGGUUCAGAAAUCAGCAAGCCUUUCAGGAAGCCAUGGAAAGAAAAACCGAUUCCAGUUUCCUUACACCAGUCCCCUGGGGAAGAACCAUAUAUUCUUCGCACUGCUUUUUCUAUAGCAUUCUCUCAGUUCAAAGGGAUCCCUUUUCACAGGCUACCUUUGUGAAGCCGACACUGUUCCUUCAUAAUGAAAGAUGGCAUUGGAGUAGAAGUUGAGAAAGCUAUUUUCUUCAUGGCUUUAUACUUCCCUCCUGUGUGACCUUAGGCAAAUCAUUGUCCUCUUGGGGGCUCAGUUUCCCUAUCUAUAAAAUUAGUUCUUUAAAAUGGAGGGUCUCCAAGGGUCCUAAACAUGGCAUUUUAAGUUUGGUUUCCACCCUGUAGGGGGGUGAUUCUCACUGUUGGAAGGUGUUGUCCAAAUGGGUUUACAUGUGUCCUUCCCUCUGCCUUUGUUUUUCUGGGCCUUAUUCUUUCCAGUUUCCUGUGUUUUAAUGUCGAGAGGAUAAACUCAAGAGAAGUUACCUUGGCCCUGUUUUUCUAGUCUGUAAAAUGGAAGGGUUAGAUGGUCUCUGUGGCCCUUCUCAAUACCAACCUUGCCCAGUGCUGCACAGCAGGCCGUGUGCUUUCCAUGACACGAUUUGGUAUAUCUCCAGUUCCAUUGCUUCUCGAAUCUUCUCUGCCUCCACUCAGGGUGGGAACCAGCAUUCACCCCUCCCUUGUCUGCAUCAGGUUUGGUGGUCUUGGAGGAGGCUUCGGGAGCACCUACCUGACUUUCACGGACAGGCGUGUUUUGCUCAUACUUCCAUUUCCCGGAGGCUUGCCAAUCCAAGGGUUGUAAUGUGGUUUGCCUUUUCUCCUCAUUGCUGCCUCAGAUGCUCAGGACGCUGUCUUCAGAAUCUCUUCCUGCUGCUUUUCCUGGCUCAAGGCUGCAUGCAGCCCCUCACUGUAGCCUCCCUGCCACUCUGCACUGGUCAGCAACCCUGAGAGUCCAGAGGAAACAGACCUCUAUGGUAGUCAGCUGAGACUACGAAGUUAGGUCUGUGGCUCUUUGCGGGUGGAAACAGGCGCCAGACCAUGCAUGCCUGCAAAGGUCUCGCCAAUAAUUCUUGUCUCUUUGGGCGUUUGGAGGCCUGGAUUCUGGUGCUGUAGCUCCUGGUGCCAAAGUCUGAAUCUUUCCACAGUUCAGCAGCACCAGCAUCUGCCACCGCCCAGAAUGCUCUGUGGGAGGGACAGCUGUGGUGCCCUCUUGCUGGGGCUGCUGACUUAAACUCUGAGUGCAAUAGGGUUUGAUUGUACAAUUAUUUCAGGAUAAAUAUUGUUUCCUUAUUCUGCACACUUUCUAGAGCCCGCUGUAAAAUAGAUUUUAUUUUUAAACAUCCUCAACAUUGCAGAAAAUACUAUUUGUAAUAGCAAGUGAAGGCUAGAGGUGCAGUUCCUCUGGGCUUCAAAUGGCUGGCAAGGCUGGCUCUCAAAUUCCAAAGUUAGAAGGCCCGUUUCCGAAAAGCAAUCUAGGCGUGACUGGCCCCAGACCUCAUCAUCAGAGGUCCUGGAGGAAACUUCCAAAUGGGAGACCUAGGAGUUGAAUAAUUGUCUUAGCAAGCCAAAUAUUCCCACUGUCCCAGCCAACACACCCACUUUGUACGACCAGCCUCUUCCACAGCCUGGCUCUGACUCGGACUUUUCCUGGCAGAUGUGUGGUUGUGGGAGAGCUCCUAGGAGGGUCGGGGAACCUGGCGUUCCAAGAGCUGCUCAGCUGGAGGAAGGGGCGCUGGAGGCAGAGCUGGCCACACGCAAGGAGCUGGUCUCCGCCACCUGCUGCCGCCCGUCUCACCACUCGUGAUACUCGGAACCACCAGAGAAAGAAAGGAUGGGAUGGUGGACAAGGAAUCCGUGGCUGUUCUGCUUUUGUGUGGCAAGGAAACAGUUACAGGGUGGGUUGAAGGGCUCUGCGGUGGGGCCAAGGACUCCAACCUCAGCCACAGGCGAGCUUGCACAUAACUCAUCAUCCUCUCCUGUGGGGUGGGGGCGUCUGUACUGAUCUUGGACUUGUCAUCUCGGGGCAGUUUUACUUCUUUACAUUCAGUGGGUUAGUGCCAAGUGCUCCCACUCCCCAGGAAAGGACUGGGGACCCUGUGUCUGGGUCCCCAGCUGCCUUUGUUGGUGUGGGCUUAUUGUUACUCUGACAAGACUGCUUUGGAAGAGCUGCUUUUAGGGAUUCCCUUUUAAGUACCCCAGGUUGGGAACAGGGUUCUCACAGCCUCACAGACAAGAGCAUAGGAAAGGGGCCCUAUUUUCCUGCUGCUUCACAGCUCAGAACAUGUACUGAAUGGAAUGUAUUUUUAAGAGAAUAAAGUCUAUUUUUUUUUUUUUUUUUUGUAUUUUAAAGAUUGGGAGGGCUAGGGAAGUAGCCCUCAAAUAAACUGUUAUUACCUUAUAGGCCCCUUCGCUGGGGACACAUCAGUGUGUCAGUCUACACCUACUCGCUCAGGCAGGUCCUCUGGCCGCUCCCUUGCCCCUUGGAGGCUGGGUGCAGCAGCUUCUUACAUUCCUGCUCCAAGCACGGGACCAAGGAGGCCAGACCCUGUUGCUGGAAACCAGGGCAAAGCCAUGAGCAAUGACUCAGGGCUCCUGGGUGCAUGUGAAUAGUUGCAGCUGCCUGUCUGCAUGUAUCCUCUGGCUCUAAUGCGGUCUGCUGGCUCUGCAGCACAGUAUGUAACCAA